UUGUUUCUAAAAUGUUUAAACAUGGUUGUCACUUUCUCCCACAGUUAGUGGAAAAACAUCAUAGCCUGCUCAACGUAACUGUAUCAAGGGCACGGAAAUAGAUUAUUCCGUCAUCAAUUGUUUCCCAAAUAUGGAUUAAUUAACGUAUAGCUAACUAGUAUAUCGAAUUCACAUGGAACAACAGUUGUAGCUAAAGCAUAUACACACUCAAAAAAUUAUUAAUCAAGUGAAGCAUUAUUUAUCAAAAUGCCUACGUAUCAUUGGCAAAGCAAAACAAAUGUCAAGAGCAGUGGAGUGGAAGAUAUGGUCCUUCUGACCAAAAUUCAAGAAUCAUCUAUUGUAGAAAAUUUAAAAAAGCGUUACAUGGAUGACUUGAUAUAUACUUACAUUGGUCCAGUACUUGUAUCUGUGAAUCCAUUUAAACAAUUGCCAUAUUUCACUGAUCGAGAAAUUGAAAUGUAUCAGGGCGCUGCUUCUUAUGAAAACCCACCACAUAUAUACGCAUUAACUGAUAAUAUGUAUCGUAAUAUGUUAAUAGAACAAGAAAGGCAGUGUGUAAUUAUCAGUGGUGAAUCUGGUGCUGGCAAAACUGUCAAUGCAAAGUUUAUUAUGAACUACAUUGCAAAAGUUUCAGGAGGAAGUGGGAAUGUGCAGAAAGUUAAAGAGGUUAUUCUUGAAUCCAACCCAUUGCUAGAAGCAUUUGGAAAUGCCAAAACUGUUCGAAAUAAUAAUUCCAGUAGAUUUGGGAAAUAUGUUGAAAUUCAAUUUAGUAGAGGUGGUCAACCUGAAGGAGGAAAAAUUUCAAAUUUCUUGCUGGAAAAGUCUCGAGUUGUUACACAGAAUAUCGAUGAACGAAACUUUCACAUAUUUUAUCAAUUAAUUGAUGGUGCUUCAACAGAAGAUAAAGAACAAUUUGGGUUAACAAAUGCUGAGUAUUACUACUAUUUGAAUCAAAGUGGAUGUUACAAUGUAGAUGAUGUAAACGAUGUUAAAGAAUAUCAGGACACAAGGAAUGCUAUGUACACAAUGGGAAUAUCUGAUCAAUAUCAAGCCUCAAUUUUACAAAUUGUUGCUGGUAUUCUGCAUCUGGGAAAUAUAUCUUUCAAAGAAGUUGGAAAUUAUGCUCAACCUGACAAUGAUGACUUUUUGCAGUUCCCUGCCUACCUGUUACAAAUAAGUGCAGAUACUCUAAAAGAAAAGUUGAUCAGUCGUGUGGUGGAAAGUCAAUGGGGUGGAAAAAAAGAGGUAAUAAAUAUGACACUAAAUGUGGAACAAGCCAACCAUACUAGAGAUGCAUUAUCAAAAGCUUUAUAUUCCAGAUUAUUUGACUGGUUGGUGGAGGCUGUAAACAGAGCUAUGCAAAAAGAAAGAAGUGAGAUUUCGGUUGGUAUUCUGGAUAUUUAUGGAUUUGAAAUUUUUCAGAAAAAUGGGUUUGAGCAGUUUUGCAUUAAUUUUGUCAAUGAGAAGCUGCAACAAAUUUUUAUUGAAUUAACAUUAAAAGCCGAACAGGAGGAAUAUGUUGAGGAAGGUAUAUCUUGGACUCCUAUUGAGUAUUUUAACAACAAGAUUGUGUGUGACUUAAUUGAAUUAAAGAAACCCCCUGGUAUAAUGUGUAUUUUGGAUGAUGUAUGUGCAACCAUGCAUGCCCAAACAGAUGGUGCUGAUAUGAAAUUAUUACAGAAACUUGAAGGUGCUGUUGGUAGUCACCAACAUUUCAAUGGAUUUAGUCAAGGCUUUGUGACGCAUCAUUAUGCUGGAAAAGUGACAUAUGAAGCCGAUGGAUUUUGUGAACGGAAUAGAGAUGUUCUUUUCAAUGAUUUGAUUGACAUGAUGAAAAGCAGUGAGAGCGAAUUCAUCAGAAGAUUAUUUCCAGAUGACACUAGUGAGAGUAGCAAAAGGGGCAAGUUAACCACCGCCAGCAGUAAAAUUAAGAAACAAGCUAAUGAGCUUGUUGACAAGCUGAUGCAGUGUACCCCACAUUAUAUUCGAUGUAUUAAGCCAAAUGAGACGAAAAAAGCUCACGACUGGGAAAACGACAGGGUAAAACAUCAAGUAGAAUAUCUAGGUUUAAAAGAAAACAUCCGUGUUCGGAGAGCUGGUUAUGCUUUCAGACGUGUAUUUAACAAAUUUUUAAGAAGAUAUGCUAUUGUUACACCUGAAACGUAUCCCCACUGGAGAGGUGAAACUACUGAUGGUAUAAAACACUUAAUGAACUCUGUAAAUAUGGAACCUGAUCAAUGGCAAUUGGGAAAAAGUAAAGUGUUCAUUAAAAACCCAGAAUCUCUCUUUUUGCUGGAAGAAUUACGAGAACGAAAGUUUGAUAGCUUUGCUCGAACAAUUCAAAAGGCCUAUCGUCAAUACAAAUCCAGACAGAUGUUUCUCGUUCUUAAAGAACAAGCAUCUGAUAUAUUGCAUAACCGAAAAGAGCGAAGACGAUGGAGUGUCAACAGAAAUUUUGUUGGAGAUUACAUUGGUCUUGAUGACAAUCCUGCUUUAAGAAGUUUGAUGGAAAAACGGGAGAGAGUGGAAUUCGCUCAUACAGUUGAUAAAUAUGAUAGGAGAUUUAAGGCUAUGAAAAGAGAUUUGCUUCUUACUGCAAAACAUGUAUACCUAAUCGGAAGAGAAAAGAUAAAGAAAGGUCCAGAAAAAGGGCAAAUUGUAGAAGUUGUGAAACGCAAGCUGACAAUGAACGAUAUUCAGUCUAUAACACUUAGUGGACUUCAAGAUGACUUCCUAAUAGUCCAUGUACAGAAUGACUAUGAUAGUAUUCUGGAAUCAGUUUUUAAAACAGAAUUUCUUACGCUGCUUGCAAAAAGAUAUGAAGCACUAACAUCUCGAAAACUCACCGUUGACGUAAAGAACUCAAUUGCUGUCGCUGUCAAGAAAGAUCGUUGGGAGAAAUUUGGAGGUGGUGGUACAAGGACACUACAGUUUAAUAAAGGGAAUGGUGAUUUUCCUAUCCUUAAACCAAGUGGGAAAACAUUAAAUAUUUCAAUUGGUGCUGGUUUACCACCAGAUUCAAAACCUGGCCGCCAUUAUGCAAGAGCACCGCAAACAGGACCAAGUCGACCAGCACAUGGGCCGCCCCACCAUAGAAGUGGUGCAAGUCACAACGAACGACGUGAAUCACUUGGUAGGCUAGCAAAUCCAGGUGGUCAUCAUCCACACUUGCCGAAAAGUGGAGCAUCAAAACUUGCAAAACGUUCUUCAAAGAUUGAUGUGAAUGAUCCAUUUAUGCGAACACCAGACCCUGGUGUCAGUGGUGCGCAGCGGAACAGCACACAUCGUAGAAAAGCCCCACCACCACCUCAAGCUAGAUCAGCUAAGCCGAAGCCUGCUCCUAAACCACGUGUCCCAAUGUGCAAGACCUUAUAUAGCUACGAGCCACAGGAGGCUGAUGAACUGACCUUUGGAGAAGGCGAGAUGAUUGAGAUAGUAAAUGAAGAUGCAUCUGGCUGGUGGACUGGAAGACUUCGAGGAAAAGAAGGAUUAUUUCCAAGUAAUUAUGUAGAGAAAGUUUAAGUGUCAGUUAUGGUUUAAUUUUUUCUAGCACUAGCAUCAGCUACCUAACGUAGGCAAAAACCUGACAUCCUAAUUUAAUGGUUUGUUUUAUGCGUUUAGUUACAUGUAAUGUUUAAUGGUAGUCAUGAUGAUACAUCAAUAUUAUCUUCAGUUUGCGCGAUGCGUUUUUACGACAAUAACCUGCAUUUUUCUUUCUCAAAAUAGAUUUACUAUUUCUGCAAUUCUCAUGUUAAAAAUUUAUUUGCAUGUGUUGUCUGGGAUAUGUCAAAGCCUUCUAUCUGUUAAUUUAUUUUUUUAAUUUGUUUUUUAUUUUGCAACUGUGUUUGAAUUUGAUUAUCCUGAAUUGAGUGUGGUGUUUUUUUUUAUUCACCUUUUUGUUAUUUUUAAUCCAAGAAUGAAAUCACACUUUUUUCAUUUAUUAUACAUGCAUCUACAACUUUAUUAAUUGCCUUUUUUACCGCUAUAAACACAUUUUUUACAUCACUUCUUGAAAAAGACAUUUUUAUAUAUUUCCAAAAAAAUAUCAUAUCAUAUCCGUGAGUGCUCUUGAAUGUUUUCUAAUUAGGUAAGGCAGUAGAAAAAAGGUAUUUAUAUGGGUUUUUUUCUUUUGAGGGUUUAUAAAUUUAGUGGUUUUAUAAGUCUCUAUUGAUGACUUAGUAGACGCUAUUCCAAGUCAUACCAUUGUUUUUGUACAUAGCUAUUCUUCCAACCUAUAUGUAAUUUAUAAUAAUUUUCAUAUUUCGAAAUAUGUUUUGUGAUACGCCAUAUAUAUGUGAAAUUUUAGAAACAUUUUUUUAUAUAGGUUAUUGUUUCCAUAUUCUAAUUUAGCAACCAUUUUUGUAACAUUGAACGCAUGAAUACAAUUAUUGUCCUAUGC